AUGUCCACUUUUGGCUCCGUGUUCCGCGUUACUACUUACGGUGAAUCCCACUGCAAAUCUGUGGGAUGUAUUGUUGAUGGGUGCCCACCAGGUUUAGAAUUGACCGAAGCCGAUAUUCAACCUCAAUUGAGUCGAAGAAGACCAGGUCAGUCGGCUCUUUCCACACCAAGAAAUGAAAAGGACCAAGUUCAAAUCCAGUCCGGAACCGAGCAUGGGAAAACUUUGGGCUCGCCCAUCGGAAUGAUGGUGAUGAACCAGGAUCACAGACCAGGAGACUACUCGGAGACUGACUUAUACCCCAGACCUUCGCAUGCUGACUGGACAUACAUGCAAAAGUACGGUGUUAAAUCUGCUUCCGGAGGUGGCAGAUCUUCCGCCAGAGAGACGAUCGGCCGUGUUGCUGCAGGUGCCAUUGCAGAAAAGAUCUUGAAGAAGGCCAACAACGUCGAAAUUGUGGCCUUCGUAUCGUCCAUUGGCGAGGUUUCUAUGGACAGAAAUCCACAGGAUGCCAAGUUCCAGCAAUUGUUAAACACCAUCACCAGAGAAGAGGUUGACAGUGUUGGACCGAUCAGAUGUCCAGAUCCAGAAGUUCGCGAACAGAUGGUCAAAGUUAUUGAAAAGUACAGAGAUGCCAAGGACUCCAUUGGUGGUGUUGUUACCUGUGUUAUCCGGAACUGCCCUGUUGGUUUGGGUGAACCAUGUUUCGACAAAUUGGAGGCUACUUUGGCCCAUGCUAUGAUGUCAUUGCCAGCUACCAAAGGUUUUGAAUUUGGUUCGGGCUUUGCUGGCACGAGGAUCCCAGGCUCCAAGCACAACGAUCCAUUUUACUUCUCUGAGGAAGAUCAAAGAUUGAGAACGAAAACGAAUAACUCUGGCGGAGUACAAGGUGGUAUCUCGAAUGGUGAGAACAUCUACUUCUCUGUGGCAUUCAAGUCUGCUGCUACCAUCUCUCAGGAGCAGGAAACCUCUACCUAUGAUGGAAAGGACGGUGUGUUGGCCGCAAGAGGCAGACAUGACCCUUCGGUGACUCCACGUGCCGUUCCGAUUGUCGAGUCUAUGGCUGCGUUGGUUCUUGUAGACCAAUUGUUGAUCCAAAAGUCUAGAGAAUACGGCAAGUCUAUUGUUGCUUGA